AUGGAAAAACUGAGAGACAUCAGCAGCAUUAUCAAUGGUCCAUGGACCAUUCUUAUUGACUUCAACUCCAUCAUGACAGAUGAUGAGGGGUGGAUAUCCCUUUACCUGGUGCAAUGGCUGGAAGAGAAGGAAAGGAUAAGCAAAAGAUUAGAUAGAGUAAUGAUAAAUCAGGAAUGGGCAGAGGCUAAAAAAACUAACAGGGUCGAUCACCACGGUAGAUCUGGCUCUGAUCACUCCCUUAUCAUCUUCAAAUUUAGGAAUCCUAAUCAUAGUGCCAUCAGAUACUUCAGAUUCCUAAACUUCUGGACUAAGCAGGGUGACUAUCUAAAUCUGGUUGAAAAUAUUUGGAACACUGAUAUCCAAGAAAAUGGCCAAUGGGUACUACAGCAGAAACUAAAAGUUGUGGCUAAAGGUCUAAGUGCUUGGUCAAGAGAUACUAUAGGUGAUAUUUUUGCCUCAGUCAAACAAAAAGAUGAGAAAGUUGGCCUUCUGGAAUAG